AUAAAGGUUUAAAUUUUAAGAGAUAAACCUGAGUACCCAGAAGGGGGUUUAUCGUUUAACAGUGGAAAGGAAGCUAAAAUCUCUCAUCUCAUUUCAACUGCAAGUCUGCACCUAUUUUUUCUGAAGAUUCGUGAGAUUCAAAAAGUGAAGCACUUUUGAAUAUAAAAAGAUAACCAGCAUGGCAAGCUUGUUGACAACAUCAAUCUUCACAUAUUCUCCUGUCAACAAUGGUUCAAGGAGUUUCAGAAAGUCAGGUAACUCUUCUAUACGGCGGUGUUGCGUAAAAGCAAUGAAGAUAGAGAAAUCCUUGGAAGAAUUAUACAAUGUCAAGGUGGAAAGAAAAGUUUCACCUGAAAGACUAGCUCAGCUAGGAGUUUCAAGAUGGUCAGUAUGGAAAACCGGAAAAUGCCAGUACCCAUGGGAUUGGCAGGUAGACCAACUGGUGUUCAUAGAAGAAGGUGAAGUGAGAGUUGUUCCUGAAGGGAGCAAGCGUUUCAUGCAAUUUGUUGCUGGAGACUUAGUUCGGUAUCCAAAGUGGUUUGAGGCUGAUCUCUGGUUCAAUGGUCCAUAUCAAGAACGUUAUAGUUUCCGAGCAUAUGGUGAUGAUUGUUGAUGAUACUGCAUGAUGGUCAUGUAAAAGUGAUUUGUUCAUCUUCUUUGGUUGUUAUGAGUUAUCAAAUAGUUGUGUUUUGUAGUUUUCAGAUACUAAAUGUACUACUGCCUUUUGUUACCCACAAUUCUCUUUGAAUUUAAUUUCAAUUUCAAAAUUGUGCAUUUCAUCU